AUGUUUCUACUUGAAGACUCAUUCAUGCUAUUUUCCACUGUGACAAUGGCCCUCUUUGCAAUGGGACUCAUCUUGUUUGCUUUGGAAAGAAGAAAACAGGAGAGAGAACAGUUCAAGAGGCCCCCUGGGCCGAUACCUUGGCCGUUCAUUGGCAACCUGCUACAGAUGGGGGAACAAUUACACAUAUGCCUGACCAGACUGAGGGACAAGUAUGGGGAUGUGUUCAAAGUGAAGAUGGGCUCCCUUGUUGUGGUGGUGCUCAGUGGCUAUGACACUAUCAAGCAGGCCUUGGUCCGACAGGGCGAGAGCUUCGCUGGGAGACCUGACCUGUUUUCCUUUUCAGCUGUUGCCAACGGGACCAGCAUGACGUUCAGUGAGAAGUAUGGCGAAGCCUGGAUCCUUCACAAGAAAAUCUGCAAGAAUGCUCUCCGCACCUUCUCUCAGGCCAAGGCAAAUAACUCUAUGUGCUCCUGCCUUUUGGAGGAGCGCAUCUGUGCGGAGGCGUCUGACCUGGUAAAUGCACUGAGUGAACACCCGGACCGCGCAAGGGGCUUUGAUCCUUCAGUUUCCUUGGUUACCUCUGUCGCCAACGUUGUCUGCGCCUUGUGCUUUGGCAAGAGGUAUGAGUACAGUGACAAAGAGUUUCUCAAUAUUGUCCAGAUAAACAAUGAAGUCCUCCGGAUUUUUGCUGCAGGGAACCUGGCAGAUUUCUUUCCAAUUUUUCGUUAUCUCCCAAGUCCAUCGCUGAGGAAGCUGAUGCAGUACAUCCGUCGAAUGAACUCUUUUAUAGAGGAAAACAUUCAGGAACAUUUGAAUACAUUUGAUAAGAAUUGCAUCCGAGACAUCACUGACGCACUGAUUGCCCUUAGUGAAGACAGAUAUGAGGAAGAGAAGCAAUCUGUGCUCUCCAGCACACAGAUAGUCCACACUGUCAUUGAUAUUUUUGGAGCUGGAUUUGAUACAAUUAUAGCUGGUUUGCAAUGGAGCCUGCUCUACCUUAUAAAGUUUCCAGAUAUCCAGUGUAAAAUAUAUCAGGAAAUAGAUGACAAGAUUGGCUCCAACAGAAUGCCAAGGUUUGAAGACAAGCCAAAAAUGCCUUUCACUGAAGCAUUUAUAUAUGAAGUAUUCAGACACUCUUCCUAUGUUCCCUUCACCAUACCACACUGCACUACAGAAAACAUUGUGCUAAAUGGAUAUUUCAUUCCCAAAGACACAUGCAUUUUCAUCAACCAGUAUCAAGUUAAUCAUGAUCCUGCCCUGUGGAGCAGACCAAAGUUAUUCCAACCUGAGAGAUUUUUAGAUGCAUCUGGACAAUUGAAUAAGGACCUGACAGACAAAGUGAUGAUAUUUGGGAUGGGAAAGAGGCGCUGUGUUGGUGAUGGAUUCGCCCGACUCGAGAUGUUCUUGUUUUUCACUACCUUACUUCAUCGGCUGCAGAUUUCCAAUGUUAGUGGCCAGGAGCUGGAUCUGACAGCGGAGUUUGGCUUGACAAUGAAACCAAAGCCUUACAAAAUAAGGGUCUCACCACGAUAUUAGUUAGCCACUGGAAUGCAGGAUUAGGAAAUGCAGCACAUCCUGUUCUACAGGAAUUUAACCUCAGAAUAUCAAAACAUAUUUAAUCAAUAUAAGAAAGUGAUGAAUUUCAUGUUGUAAUCAAUCAUAUCCUAUUGCAUUAAUAAUACUAAUGUGCUUGUUAAUGCAAAUGUUUAUGCAAAGCUCUGACAUUAAGGGUUUCUACACAUUUGUAAGGGAUGAAAACGCUCUAUCCAUACAUAUAACAAACAUAUAAAGAAACAUGUAUGUGCACACAAACAUAUGUAUGUGUCAGUGUAUGUUUAUUUAAUAUAUACACUAUUGUUUGAAAG